AUGGAUAUCGAUUCAAAGUUUUCAGGGGCAAUUCGAGUUGGCAAAAGUACGAUCGUGAAAAUAUUAACUCGGAAGUACAAUUUUAGUAGUAAGGAUUAUGAGAUGACUCAAGGUGUAGAACUGUAUGAUAAGGCAUUAGAAGUUUGUGGACAUACCAUGGAUACAGUAUUAGUAGAUACUGCGGGCCACGAACUUUACAAGUGGAUCGUCAAAUCAGUAUGCGACGAAAAUGCUUUUUACGCACUCUGUUUCGAUUUUACCAACAAAGAUAGCCUUGAUAUUUUAAAGGCAUAUCUUGAAGAAAUGAGCAUCCAGAAAAGCGUGCUGAUCGGCUGCAAGUUUGAUCUGCAAUCGAAACAUGCCAUUUCACUGUCAGCUGCCGAAGAAUUCGCUAUAAAUAAUAAUCUGAAGCUACAUCUCACUUCAACGAUGACAACGCCGACUGAACUGGAGGAACUCCUCUACAACAGUAUUAUGCAUUACACGAGGGAUGAUGCUUAA